AUGUGCCAUCCGUCUUCCUCGCUCACUCUGUGCGUCGGUGAAAAGUUUGAUCUCGGCAGCCCGGCCCUUGACGCGCCAUUUUCGGUCGUCCCCUUCCCGCGUCGACAAGCAUUAGUGGCCGUACCCGUACCGUCCUCGUCCUCGAACCUACUUGUGCUCGCCGAACAAGCUGCUGAGGGGACGGUGAGUGAUGGACAACGGCGACCCUCGCAAACGGCAUCACCUUGGCCUCUUUUCCGUCGUCAGGCCCGCCUCGCUCCCCUUAUCACGCCCUACCCCUCAUCCGACUCCGCGUUCCGACGCAUACUUUGGAUACUUUGGACGGUGCGGAUUUCGAAAGGAAUGAACCGGCUGCGGGCCUCAAAUAGGGCUCACCUCGCGCCCACCGAUCUUGUCGAUACCCAGCCUCUGCCUGCCACUUCGCCUGCUUCUCCGGCGGCCUACUCCACAUCCAAUCCGCCGACGGCAGCCCGGAACGGGUCAAGCUUUGCCUUGCCAUCCCAUCCCGAUCUCGGGCCGAAGCAGCACUCAGUCUUCCUCCUCGAUCGUCCCCUCUUCGGUUUCUCGCCUGGUGCAUUCCGUCUUCUGCGAGACAUGGCGACGAUUCUCAAGCCGACGGGCCAGCGCGAAAUCCAGCCUGAUCCCGAGAAGCUCGGUCCGGAUGGCCGCAAGGCAACGGACGUUUCCAACAAGGGCGAAGACUCGGAUGACAGCUCCCAGUACACGCAGGAUGGUGUUCGCCGCGUCGAGGCCGUGACCCAGGUCUGGUCCAAGACGGCCCUCUGGAGCGUCUUUUUUCUUCUCUACCUGGUGUCCUUCAUCGACACCUUAUUCCAGAGCGUCACGGGAAAUCUCGAUCCCUAUGUCACCUCGUCCUUUGGCAAGCAUGGCCUCCUCGCCAUCGUCCGCAUCCUCCCCAGCAUCGUCGGUGGCGCCUGCAAGCUCGCCAUCGCCAAGGUCAUCGAUAUUCGCGGCCGAUGCGAGGGCUUCCUCCUCAUGAUUGGCCUCAUCGUCGUCGGCAUCCUCAUGAAAGCCCUGUGCAGAAACGUUGAAACAUACGCCGCCGGCGAGACAUUCUACUGGAUCGGCCAUUUUGGCCUCGGAUACGUCGUUCACGUCAUACUUGCCGACAUGACCUCUCUCCGCAACCGCAUGAUUAUGUGGGGCAUCUACAUGAGCCCUCGCAUCGCCGCCAGCUUUGGCGGUCCUCGCAUCGCCCAGCUCUUCUUCGAGCAGUCUUCCUUCCGAUGGGCCUUUGGCGCCUUUGUCAUCAUUCUCGUUGCCUUCUCCAUUCCUGUCGCCGCCGUCCUCGUCUUUUACGAAAGGAAGGCCAAGAAGCUGCAUAUCAUCGAGCAGAGGGAAAGCAGGACUGCUUGGGAGGCGACCAAAUACUAUUUUAUCGAGUUUGACGUUAUCGGCAUGAUGCUGACCAUCGCCGGCUUCUCCCUGGUACUCCUGCCGCUUCAGAUUGCCAAAAUGGCGCCCAACGGAUGGAAAAGCGGGUACAUCAUCGCCAUGCUCGUUCUCGGCGUCCUGUGCCUUGUCGGCUUCGGCGUGUGGGAGAAGUGGUUCGCCAAGGUGCCCUACCUACCCUUCAAGUACCUCCGAGACAGGACGAUUCUCGGGGCCUGUCUGUUGGAGUUUUUCCUCUUCAUAUCCAUCUUUUGCUGGGACACGUAUUACGGCUCGUAUCUCCAGGUCGUUCACGACCUCAGCAUAUCGACUUCGGGAUACACCCUCAACGCCUACUCACUGACAUCGACGGUUCUCUCGCCCUUUGUCGGCUUGUUCCUUCGUUGGUACGGCCGAUACUACUGGGUCGCCAUCUCGGGCAUCCCUUUCAGCGUCCUCGGCACCGCCCUUCUCUACCACUUCCGUCACCCUGGUGAGGACAUUGGCUACCUCGUCAUGUGCCAGGUCUUCCACGGCAUCUCGGGCGCGUUCUGGGGCAUGACCGGUCCUCUCGCUCUCAUGGCCGCGGUGAGCCAUCGGGAGGUGGCCGUGGUGCUCGCCGUGCACAGCAUGUUCGCCUCGAUCGGCGCCUCGAUCGGCUUCGGCAUCUCGGGUGCGCUGUGGACGAACCAUCUGCCGAGGGAGCUGUACAGGGAGCUGCCGGAUGCUGCCAAGAACCAAACGGCGCAGCUGUACGGGGAUCUGAAGAAGCAAAAGGCGGAUCCUAUCGGGACGCCCAUCCGGGACGCCGUCAUCCGCGCGUACGGCACCGUCCAGCGCGAGAUGGUGAUUGCCGGCUGCGCCAUCCUACCCCUCGUCAUCGCUUGCGUCGUCGUAUGGAAGAACCGGCCGAUCGACAGGAAGCAGACCAAGGGUAACGUAUUCUGA